CGCACGCAUAGGGGCUGCACGGCGCGCGCCGUGAGAGGCUCUUCGGCGCGGAGGUGCGAGACGUGGAGAGGGGAUCGUUAAUCUUUGUCCACCUCUGAAGUCUUGAAGAAGCUCCCUAUCAAGGAGGAUCAAACAGCAGUCUCUGUCAGUUAGAGAAUGGACCGUUUGGGUUCCUUUAGCAAUGAUCCAUCUGAUAAGCCACCUUGCAGAGGCUGCUCCUCCUACCUCAUGGAACCGUACAUCAAGUGUGCCGAAUGCGGGCCUCCUCCUUUCUUCCUGUGUUUGCAGUGUUUCACUCGAGGAUUUGAGUACAAGAAACAUCAGAGUGAUCAUACUUAUGAAAUAAUGACUUCAGACUUUCCUGUUCUUGACCCCAGCUGGACUGCUCAAGAAGAAAUGGCUCUUUUAGAAGCUGUAAUGGACUGUGGCUUUGGAAACUGGCAGGAUGUGGCUAAUCAAAUGUGCACCAAAACAAAGGAGGAGUGUGAGAAGCACUACAUGAAGCAUUUCAUCAAUAACCCUCUGUUCGCAUCCACCCUGCUCAACCUGAAGCAAGCUGAGGCAGCCAAAACUGCUGACACAGCCAUUCCAUUUCACUCUGCAGAUGACCCUCCCCGGCCUGCCUUUGACUCACUGCUGUCUCGGGACAUGGCAGGAUACAUGCCAGCUCGGGCAGAUUUCAUUGAGGAGUUUGACAAUUAUGCAGAAUGGGACUUAAGAGACAUUGAUUUUGUUGAAGAUGAUUCAGACAUCUUACAUGCUCUGAAGAUGGCUGUGGUAGAUAUCUACCAUUCCAGAUUAAAAGAGAGACAAAGACGAAAAAAGAUUAUAAGAGAUCAUGGAUUAGUCAACCUUAGAAAGUUCCGAUUAAUGGAACGGCGGUAUCCCAAGGAAGUUCAAGACCUUUAUGAAACAAUGAGGCGAUUUGCAAGGAUUGUGGGACCAGUGGAACAUGACAAGUUCAUUGAAAGCCAUGCAUUGGAAUUUGAACUUCGAAGGGAAAUCAGGAGGCUCCAAGAAUAUAGGACAGCAGGCAUUACCAAUUUUUGUAGCGCCAGGACCUAUGAUCACCUGAAAAAGACGCGUGAAGAAGAGCGCCUUAAACGCACCAUGCUUUCAGAAGUUCUCCAGUAUAUCCAGGACAGCAGUGCAUGUCAGCAGUGGCUUCGCCGGCAGGCUGACAUUGAUUCUGGGCUGAGUCCUUCUGUUCUGAUGGCUUCAAACUCAGGAAGACGAAGUGCACCACCUUUGAACCUUACCGGCCUCCCUGGUACAGAAAAACUCAAUGAAAAAGAAAAGGAGCUCUGUCAGGUGGUGAGGUUAGUACCUGGAGCCUAUUUAGAAUAUAAGUCUGCUCUGUUGAAUGAGUGCAACAAGCAAGGCGGCUUGAGACUGGCACAAGCAAGAGCACUCAUCAAGAUAGAUGUAAACAAAACCCGGAAAAUCUACGACUUCCUCAUCCGAGAGGGGUACAUUACCAAAGCCUGAGUCUGGUUGGCAACGCAAGCCAGAGCUACAGAACGCAGCGAGUCAGAAGACAGUGUGUGCAUUCUGGAGACUUGUAUUUGAGUGGACUCUUACUGUGAAAAGAAGUAAAGACACUGAGAGGCUAAGUGUGCAGACCUUUUUCUUCUCUGCCCUGCUGUAAAGCGCUCCUUUUGGGGUCAUAGUGCUACGGAGAGUGCUCACCAAGUUAUUAGACAGCAGUGGGCCUUCGCCACUGUAACUCAAUCAAGAAUGGCGGUACCUCACCUCCUGGCUCUGGUAGAAAUAGAACAAAACCAAGCCGCAGCAUUUCAUCCCAGGAGUCCAACUCAAAUCCUUGUACUUGAGAGUGAAGUUCGUUGACCUUCCCAUCUUGCAGGCAGAUUUCAAAUGAAGAGAAGGCUGUUAGAGCACAGGAAAGCCUUUUCUUGCAAGGAUUUUUUUUUUUAAAUGCUGACAUCUUAGUUUAUGAAAUGAAGAGGGUGGGACUCCCUUCCGUGAUGGUCUGUCUGAAAUUUCAUUUUAACUGUAAUGUCUGGCUUUGUACUUUGCAGUCUGGCUGUCUGAUGUGCAGUCGACUCUUGAGGAGGUGGCACCGGAUAUAAAAUGUCUCUGUUAUUUUUAGAAUUAAUGGAUUAAAAUGUUUUGCUAUUUAA